UCUCUUUCUCUUUCUACCUCCAUUCUUUUCCCUCUCUUAUUUCUUCCCCAUCGUUUCUUCUUCCUUUUUCUUUCUCUUUCUACCUCCAUUCUUUCCCCUCUCUUCUUUCUUCCCCAAACCCAUCUCUUAGAACCCCAUCCCCCAAAUUCACGGCAACAAGAAAGGCAAGUCGGCGACGAGUGCGGCUUCCAGGUAGCCGAAAUGAAUUAUCACAAACAUAAGCUUCUGCUUCUGGUAAAAGCGCUGUUCUUGAUCAGCUUCAUUCCUCCGACAAAUUCAUCCAACAGGGACGCUGCAAUCCUGCUCCGGGUCAAGAACGGCCAGCUCCAAGACCCGCUCCGAAAGCUCGGGGAUUGGAUCGAAUCAUCACCAAAUUCUCCAUGCAACUGGACGGGCAUUACUUGUGACGGCCAGACCAACAACGUCGUCUCCGUCAACCUCUCCGGAGUUAACGUUUCAGGGAAGUUUCCAGCGGACUUUUGCCGGAUUUCUUCCCUGCGAAAUCUCGACCUCUCCCUCAAUAGUCUCGGCGAAGGCAUUACUUCUGAUUCGAUUUCUUUGUGCUCUCGUCUCGCUUCUCUGAACCUCUCGUCCAAUAAUUUUGUCGGCAGCUUGCCCGAGUUCCCGGUGCAGUUUCUGAAUUUGACGACCCUUGAUUUUUCCUACAACAAUUUCUCGGGUGAAAUCCCGACUAGUUUUGUUAAUUUGCCAAGACUCCGGGUGUUGAAUCUGGGUUCAAACUUGCUAAACGGGUCGAUCCCGGAAUUUUUGACCAAUUUAACUGAGUUAACUGAGUUAGUGCUGUCAGUAAAUCUUUUCCGCCCCAGUCCUCUGCCGCCGAACAUAGGCCGCCUGGCGAAACUUGAGAAGCUGGUGUCGACAUACACAAACCUUGUCGGAGAAAUUCCUGAAUCUAUUGGAGAUCUUGUUUCUAUCAAAGACUUCGACAUUUCGCAUAACGGUCUCGUCGGGAGAAUCCCGGAUAGCAUUGGGAAGAUGAAAAACGUAGAACAGAUUGAAUUGUAUGGAAACCAACUGUCAGGUGAAUUGCCAGAUGCUUUUUCGAAUCUGACUUCUUUGCUCCGGUUCGAUGCUUCAGAAAACAACCUGACAGGGAAAAUACCUCAAAGUCUGGCAGGUGUCGCCCUGGAAUCGUUACAUCUCAAUGACAAUUUUUUGGAAGGUGAAAUUCCAGAGAUUUUAGCUCUAAACCCGAAUCUUGUCGAGCUGAGGCUGUUUAAUAACAGGCUUUCGGGUGUUCUACCAGAAUUUUUGGGUAUGAAUUCGGGUUUGGAAGAGAUUGAUGUUUCCAACAACUACUUGGAAGGCCCAUUGCCUCAGAAUUUGUGCUACAGAAAGAAGCUUCAGUUUUUUAUAAUCUUCGGGAACAGAAUUUCAGGUACAAUACCAGAGUCAUACGGCGAAUGUAGUGGUUUAAUAUACGUGCGAAUUCAAGAAAACGAACUGUCUGGACAAGUACCUGAUGGGUUAUGGGGGUUUAGCGGACUUGAACAUGUUGAGUUUUCUAACAACAGAUUGGAAGGAUCUAUUCCGCCGUCAGUUUCAAGUGCAAAAAACCUAGAACAAUUAUUAAUAUCUGGCAACAAUUUUUCAGGCGAAUUACCGGUAGAAAUCUGCGAUUUGAAAGAGCUGAAGAAAUUUGACUCAAGCCGGAACCGGUUUUAUGGUAAGCUGCCUCCUUGUAUUACUCAACUGACCAAGUUACAGGAGCUUCACAUUCAGGGGAACAGGUUCACCAGUGAAAUUCCGAAAAGCAUUGCAGCUUGGAGAGAGUUAACGGAGUUGGACUUGUCGGACAAUCAUUUUUCCGGCAACAUUCCGGUGGAGCUGGGUGAUUUGCCUGUGCUAACAUUCUUGAAUCUUUCAAACAAUUUGCUUUCUGGGCAAAUUCCAGUUGAAUUAACAAAACUCAAGCUUAAUGAGUUCAAUGUCUCCAACAAUAGGCUCCAAGGAAAAGUGCCACUUGGUUUUGAUACUAAGUUUUUCCUCUCAAGUCUAAUGGGCAAUCCGGAUUUGUGUAGUUCGGAUCUUAGGCCGCUUCCUCCUUGCUCGAGAUCCAAAUCCGUAAGCUUGGUAAUGGUGGCAGUUCUUUCAGCUCUAGCAGUAAUACUUGUGGUGUUACUCCUCUGGCUCUUGAUCAAAACCAAGAAGUUAAUGAUUUUCGGUAGUAGAAGUAGUAAGUCCUGGAAGAUCACAGCUUUUCAGAGGUUCGGAUUAGAUGAAGAACAAGUGUUGGCCUCAUUGAAAAAUGAAAACCUCAUUGGAUCUGGAGGAUCAGGUCGGGUUUAUCGGGUCAAGUUGAAAUGUGGGCAGACCGUGGCAGCAAAGAGGCUUUGGGAGCCAAAAGGGUUAGCAGAAUCCGAGGCAUUGUUCAUGUCGGAGAUUGAAACGUUGGGAAGAGUUAGACAUGCUAACAUUGUAAGAUUGUUGUUUAGUUGCAUUAGUGAUGAUUUUAAGGUGUUGGUUUACAAUUACAUGGAGAACGGGAGUUUGGGGGAUGUAUUGUAUGGAGAGAACGGCGGAGUGCUGUUGGAUUGGCCUAAACGGUUCGCCAUUGCAAAGGGGGCGGCCCAAGGGCUCGCCUACUUGCAUCACGACUGCGUGCCUGCAAUCGUUCACAGGGAUGUUAAGUCUAACAACAUAUUGUUGGACGAAGAGUUCAGGCCGAAAGUGUCUGAUUUUGGCUUAGCCAAGAUACUGAAACAGGACUCGAAAGAGGGUGAUCAAGUCAUGUCCCGUGUUGCCGGUUCUUAUGGUUAUAUUGCUCCAGAAUAUGCCUACACAAUGAAAGUCACUGAGAAGAGCGACGUCUAUAGCUUUGGGAUAGUGCUAUUGGAGCUAAUCACUGGCAAAAGGCCAAAUGACAACUCGUUUGGUGAGAACAAGAACAUCGUCAAGUGGGUAACGGAGAUUGCACUAUCAUCUUCAGCUCAAGGAAGUGGAAAUGGCAUAUAUGUUGCCGGUUUGGAUCAACUACUAGACCCCCGGAUGAACACUUCCACCAUCAGUUACGAGGAGGUAGAGAAGCUUUUGAACAUCGCUUUGUCAUGCACUGCUGAAUUGCCCAUCAGCAGACCGUCUAUGAGACGGGUUGUUGAGUUGCUGAAAGACCGUUCACCGAAUGGUUCUAAGUAGAGCAAUUGAGGACUUAAUUUUUCUAUAGUCCCAGUUUCCAAGUGAAAAUCAGUGGCAGCAUGUUGACAUGAGUGCAAGUUUCAGGCAAAUUAGGAGUAGGUUAGCACUUGUUGGUGUGGCAUAUGAGUAUUUCUGUAAUGUCUGAUAGUUUUAGCCUCAAAAUAGAAGAGGAAAAACAGAGAAUUUAGUUGUUGGAUUUGAAGAUUUUGCAUUUUCUCCAAUGGUCUAUUUUGCUGAUUGUGUACAUCAGUUAAGAAAAUGUAAUUGUAUUUCUCACUUGAGAAAGAAAAGAACCAAAUGUGAUUUGACAGAUUAUGUCUAAGUUUAUGUGAUGUAAUUUCCACAUAGGUUAAA